UCAAAGCGCAGGGACAGACGGGAGCUAAUAUAAACCUGCUGCCUUUCACUGGGGGCUAACAGGGGCUAAGGAAACAACGCUACCUCUGCCACUGACCUCCGGCGCUUCAGAUAAGACAGCGGGACGGGCUGAGCUCCGGCCCAUGUAGAGCAAACAGCAUCCAUGGCCACGCUGGAGGGCUGCCGCUGCCGGGGUGCCAGCGGCCGAAAUAACAGCAGCAUCCUAUACAGCAUUUUGAAGAGUAACAGCCUUGGGACCGCUGAGGAGGAACAGCAUCAACACCCGCAACAACAACAACAACAAACACUACAACAUUUCUUCCACAAAACCCUCUCCUCCACACCAGCCUCGCUCCAGGCGUUUCGGCAGCAGGCUUGCUCCUGCGGCUCGGCACCGCCGAACGGCAAGCGGCGUCGCGGCAUCCUCCGCUCCCCGCAGGUGACGUGCAAAGCAGCGUCGGCGGUGCUGGUGAAGACGCUGCGGUUCGUGAAAAACGUCCCCUGUUUUCGUGAGUUGCCGGAGGAUGACCAGCUGAUGCUGAUCCGGAGCGGAUGGGCGCCUCUUCUCGUCCUGGGGCUCGCACAAGACCGGGUGGACUUUGAAACCACGGAGACCGUGGAGCCCAGCAUGCUGCAGCGCAUCCUCACAGGUUUACCGGACAGGCAGAGCGACGGGCCGGCCGGCCAGAGCAGGGUGGCAGCCGGGGUCUCUGUCGUGGAAAUCGAAGCCAUCAAAGCUUUCCUGAAGAAGUGCUGGAGCAUAGAUAUCAGUACGAAGGAGUAUGCCUAUCUGAAAGGAGCUGUGCUGUUCAACCCUGAUCUGGAAGGUUUGCGCUGUCUCCACUACAUCCAGUCGCUGCGUCGGGAGGCGCACCAGGCUCUGAACGAGCACGUCAGGCUGAUCCACCGAGAGGACACGACGCGGUUCGCCAAGCUGCUCAUAGCCCUGUCCAUGCUGAGGGCCAUCAGCCCACCGGUGGUCGCCCAGCUCUUCUUCAGACCCGUCAUAGGGACCGUCAGCAUCGAGGAGGUGCUCAUGGAGAUGUUCUACGGGAAGUAGGUCACAGUCCAUAGAGGACUGGGGUGAAUUCAGCUGCUCCAGACUCUUAUUGGGUAGGAAGUGAAGGCAGAUGAAGAGGAUAUAGAGACUGAAUUUACACCUACUGUACACGGGAGAUCUUCAAGAACUGUGAAAUGCCCAACACAGGCAAGAGAGUGAGUGUGUGCAUGAGAGAUCGAAAGAAAAAGAGUGUGUUGAGGGCAAGAGAUAUUACAAUAGAGGAAAAAUACAAAGCAGCUGCUGGAAUUCGUAACUUAUUUGUUUUUAUAUAAACUAUUUUUCUAUAAUAAAAGUACUCUCCAGGC